AUGUUGAGAAUAUUCUCGCCGUUGAGAACGAUACACAGUCAACUCCUGGCACCUGCCACCGCGUUCCUCGAUUCCAGAGGCUUGUACUCCUCCCUCUCCCGCUCGCCUUCUGAAAAACCCAAUGAGCUGGGUGCAGAAGGAUCUGACAAUGGACCGAGUAGAUCGGUCGUCUUCCUGACGGUCUCUUUCCAUAUCACUAUCGCAUUGUCCGUGACACUUCUCAACAAAUGGGCAUUGAACAGCGUGCCACUGCCUCAAGUCUUGCUAGCUUUCCAGACGGGGAUAUGCGUACUACUAUCCCUCAAGGUCAGGAUGUUUUCGCCCGACUCAAUUGGACCGCUUCUCAUGGAUAUUGAAGAGCUGAAGCAACUCUGGCCAUAUCUUUUUAUGAGGACUGUCGCAGUAGGCAUGAAAGUGUGGUGUUUGAACCUCGUGCCAGCUUCCUUUUACCAAGUGUCUAGAGGUCUACUACUCCCUGUCACCGUACUCCUCUCGUACAUGUGCCUCGGCAGUAAAAUCUCUUCAUCUAUACUAAAGAGCGUACUCAUCAUCUGCGCGGGCUUCGUCAUUGGAUCUGUCGCUAAGUACGGAGGCACAAGCUCUCUCGAAUCCUACUCAAACGUCACUCAGGUCGCUUCGGCUAUGGUAGACCUUGGCUUCAUCCUUGGUAUCGCUUCAACCUUCACCACCGCAGCUGAAACGAUCGUUGUCAAGGUGUAUGCCCCCAAACUGUCCAUCUUCAGAGCGGUAUAUGCAACAUCUCUUGUUGGAUUUAUCACUUUCACAAGUCUUUCCUUCUUCUCCGGCGGGUUUGCAGAAUUCUCAGCGCUCCUAUCCCACCCUCAAUCCAACAGUACCACUAUUCUCAGCUCAAUCGGCAUAUCCAGUAUAGCAUACUAUCUCGUAUCCAUUGCUGCCGUCUUACAAAUCACAGUCACCACGCCCGUCACACACACCAUAUCCACUGCUGUACGAGGGGUCCUUCAAAGCCUGCUCGCCGUCAUUCUACUCCCCAACGAGCAGCUCUCGACUUGGCAAGUGGUCAGUAUCUGUUUCAUCCUCCUUGGGUCGAUAAGGUAUACGUGGAUCAAGGAAAAGGAGAAAAGGGAAAAAGAGGUCCAGACUGCCAAGACCGAUCACGAAAAGGAGUCAGGGGGUAUAGCGGUGUAG